AUGCCAGUGAAUGAAACAGCUGUGAUACCAACAUCAUUUAUAGGCCGUAUUAGUGCCUGUACAAGCCUUAUUUCAGCCAGAGAUUAUAAAACAAUAGUGCAACUAUUGGACAAUAACGAAACGAUUUGUCAAGAAUUCAAGGUGGUAUUCAACAAUAUCACGAUAAAGCUGGAAACAAAUCUUUAUACAGAUGAAGUGUUUGAUCAAAUUGGCAGUAUAUCAUUUGUAAAUGCAGGCGAAGCACUGGCGAUUGUAUAUAAUAUUCCACAUCAGAGAAUCCUUUAA